UUUUUUUUUACAGUCUGUGGUGCUUUCUUUGCAUAUUCACCAAAGUCUGAAGAAGUUACUUAUGCAGAUCUAAACUUCCAGUACUCCAGUAAGACAGAAAAUAUUCAGAAGUUUGAUAAUCUGGAGAAAAAAGCACCUUCUGCUCCAUCCCGGGUUUGGCGUCGAAUGAUCUGGGCCCUGAGUCUUCUGUGCCUUCUACUGCUGAUUGGAUUGGGAAUCUUGGGAAGCAUAUUUUACAGAACCUCAAAGAUAGAAAUGGAAAACUUCAAUAAACUGCAAAAUCUCAAAGAAGAACUUCAGAGAAAUAUUUCUUUUCAAGUCGUGAGCAACAGGAAUAUCUCCAAAGAGAACUUGAUCCUUUCCGCCACACUGUAAAACAUAGCCACCAAAUUAUGUUGUGAGCAAUACAAAACCCAAAAAGAGCACAAAUGUAAACCUUGUCCAGAGAAAUGGAUGUGGCAUGAGGACACCUGUUAUGGCUUAUUUCAUGAUGCUCAAACAUGGCAAAACAGUGAAAUGAGGUGUUCUGCUUGGAAUGCCAGUCUAUUGAAGAUUAAGUCCAAAAGUGUUUUGGAACUUAUAAAAUCCCUGAGGUUUAUUUACUUUUGGCUGGGAUUAUCUCCCUGACAAAAUACAGGAGACUCUAAAGUCUUGGAUGACAAAAUUACCUCUUUCGACUGGUUUACAGGAAAUAUGGACCACUUAAAUAAUAAGAAAUUUUGUGGCUAUGUACAGAUAACAUAUUUUCAUUAUUAUUACUGUUCUAUGACAAGAAAAUUUGUGUGUGAGAAAUUGGCUGAAGCAGUGAAGAUUGAAAGUAUACUAAAGAUUAAAAUUCCAGAGGGAAGAGGAUAGUUAGUGCAAUUUUUUUUGCCUCAGCUAAUAUCCUGUAUUUGAAAGCAUCAUCAGAGAGCAGUUAUCCCCUGCUCUAUACAAAUGGAAUAAAGAU